ACGUCCUUGGAUACGCCGCUGUUUAUUGAAAAGUUUAGAGGCUUCCGCAGCAUGGCACUGAAUUUGAUAGGCAAUACAGGAAAUAAUAAGAGAAAGUUUGAAAUAAACCUAAGAAUGGGAAAACUACAACAACAGUUUCCACUAGACUACCCAUUCUUCUGUAAUACUACGGGAAUGCGGAGUCCUACCGUACCGACUUCAGUGGACAAGCUGCGCCCUGGCGAUAUCGAUAUUAUAGGAGCAAUUGGUGAUUCAUUAACCGCUGGAAAUGGUGCGAUGGCUACGAAUAUCCUGGAAGUAUUAGUGGAAAACAAAGGUAUUUCCUGGAGUAUUGGAGGCCAAUCCACUUGGAGGCAGUUUCUUACAUUACCAAAUAUUUUGAAGGAAUACAAUCCGAAUUUAUAUGGGUACUCAAUUAAGGACGGUGUGUCGACAAGCAAAUCUUCACGGUUUAAUGCCGCCGAGGGAGGUUCCAUGAGUCAAGAUAUCCCUCACAUGGCGAGAAAUUUGGUCAAACGCAUGCUACAUGAUACUAACGUUGAUAUCCAAAAUCACUGGAAAUUAAUAACACUACUUAUAGGAGGAAAUGACUUUUGUUCCAACAUAUGCUACACAAAUCCACCGGAAAAGGCCUUACAAUAUCACGAAUCGAAUAUCCUGACUGCUUUGAGAAUAUUCAGAGACUACUUGCCACGCACAUUUGUGAAUCUGGUGUCCAGCCCAAAUGUCAACAUCCUGAAUCAGCUCAAGGGAAAACCACACGAAUGCGUAACAAUGCACGUUGUAGAAUGUCCCUGCUUUAUUGCAACUCGUUUCGUUCCACAAAGACGUCGUUACCUCAAACUAAUAGAGAAAUGGAAUGUACUCCAGAUGGACAUAGCAAAUCGGAAAGAAUUUCAUAGUAAACCCGACUUCACUGUUGUACAUCAGCCAUUUAUUAUGAACAUCAGCAUACCGGAUAAGCCAAAUGGUGACUCGGACUUGAGUUACAUGUCUGCCGAUUGUUUUCAUUUGAGCCAAAAAGGUUACGCGCGCGCAAGCAAUGCUCUGUGGAACAACAUGCUGGAACCGUUGGGAAGGAAAUCAAGUACUUGGGGACAAGAGUUUAGUAGUUUCAAAUGUCCUUCCUCGGAUACGCCAUACUUCCGCACGGCCGGUAAUAGUUGA